AUGGACGAUGGGAGUGUCGAAGAUGGCGAGGUCGCGGCUUUGCGCGAGACUGCGACGAAGCUCGUGCGAGCCACUGGUGAGCUCUUCCCUGCCGAGCGUCUGGCAAAGGCCUUAAAAGGUGUGGAGGCAGCCGUCGCCCGACCUCCGCUAACCCAUCGAGAAGCAACAAAUGGCGGGAUCACAUCAGGUCCCUCGGAUGCGCGGAAGCAACGGCUCCGUACACAGUGUGGGGUGCUGCACCGCCAGCUUCUGGACAAGAAGGCCAACGAGGACAGUUUCCUGUCCAACGUGAUGGCUUUCUUUCGUGAAGAGGAUUCAAAAGCCAUGAGCCACCGAAUGCAGAUUCAAGACCUCAUGGAUCAACUAGAGGAGCUCCGUGCGCACCAAGCGCAGCAGUCUCAGGAGGAGGAGGCUUUGAAGGCAUGUUUGGACCUCAUGGUGCUGUAUGCGGAGGAUUCGAAAAGUCGCAACACCUUCCUCAUCGACACUCUCACGCAGCUUCUGUCCUGCCAACCAAGCGCGCUUCCAGGAGUUCCACCAGAUGAAAGUUUGGUGCAAUCAUGGGGUUUGGCCGUGCAAGCUGCCUACAUCCGCAUGAUCAAUGAUUGCCAGUUCUGUUUGGAAAAAAUGCUGGCACGGCGAAACAUGUUCCUCGACAGAUUGGAGGAUUCCAAGAAGGAAAACAAGGACCUCACAUGGAUCUUUAAGUGUUCCUGCUUUGCUACACGCUCGUGCUCGCGCAAAUGA